UCUUUAAAUUUAAAGGCUAAUAGAACGACCUUCACCUUCUUAAUUGAUGAUAAUAACAAUUAAAACGUUGUAACAGAAUUUGUUGAACCUGCAAGGCAGAUAAGCAACAACUGACGAUAUUGCGUGUCUGCGAGAAAAGCUGUUGAAUGGAGCAUGAAAUCAGUUCUAAAGACAAGACAGAAACGUUGGAAAAUGAAGGAAAGACACCUGAUACAGAAAAAUGUGAUGAAGGUCAUGUAUUUAAAAAGGCAAGAUAUGCCUGGCAAAUUAAAGGUCAUCUUGGUACUGAACAUGACUCUCUGAAUGGUGAAGCUUCUUGUGAUAAAUCCAAAAGUACCGAAUCUGUUGCCUUAAAUGACUUAGCUCAUUUUGAAUAUAAAGACUUCAAAAGGCAAGACGACUCUGAUGUAAAUGAAACAAUGUUAUCAGCAGUUACGACUGAGAAAAAUUCAAGUCAUCAUGAUGAAGAGAGUUAUGAGAAAGGAAUUAAGGAAGAUUAUGUUAAUAGUGAUACACAGAAACACAGUGAUAUGAUUGAGUUCAUAGGUAACAAGAGAAAAGUUGAUCUAUUAAACUUUGAGGGGGGUUGUGGGCGAUCCAAACGAUUAAGAAACAUAGAGGAUAUUAACAGUAGAAAUGAAAUAAGUAAUUGUUCAGCAAAUGCUCAUCCACAGCAAGAUAGGUUUAUGAACAUGCAAGCUGGAAUUGCCACUGCUGCAAAUAACCCAGAUUUCGGAAGAGCUGUAAGUUCUAUUAUACCAAAUUUUCAAGGCUUUGAUAUUCCUAGCUUUAUUUGGCAAAAGCAAGAAAUGGGUUGUGCAAUCGUUGACAAUGUUUUUAAUAGGACUUUGGAAGAGAUGGGUCUGUCACCUGAUCCGGUUGUCAACUUAAGCGCAACUACUAGGCUAACUGUAGAAAACCAAAGUAUCGAAAGUGCCAUCAGAAAUCAAGGUCUUCGUGCAAAUAGUUCUCAAAGUGAUCACAGUACUAUAUUAAGAAAUAUGGAGGAAAUGAGACAAUCUGCCACAAGGACAGACUUUGAGCACACUCAAAGCCAGCUUUCUAGAAUAUUGGCAAGCCGGUCUAAUUCACAAACAUUGCAUUCACAGCCUUUGAUAGAAAGUCAUUAUGAAGAGGAAAAUUGUGCCAUGCAUGAUCAAGACCUGGACUCAGUAGCUAAUGGCAAUGAGAGCAAUCGGGUAUCUUCUUGUGGGCCUUCUGUUGCUAAGGAUAUUAAAUUGGACAAAGCUAACAAUAAAUCUGCUCCAGGAAAUGAUCACAGUGGUCAUUGCAAGUUAAAAAUAGUCAGUGAAAAUCCAUGUGUGGACCAUGAAACAAAUCAUAAUAUAUGUGAUGUUGAAAAAAUUUCGGGACCAACCAAUGAAAAAGAUGAAUUUAUUUUUAUGGAAGAUUCGGAAAGUAUACAUGUACAUUGUAGGGAUAUAGCAGAAAAAGGUUCAGAAAAUGUUUUAGAUCUUGCAGUGUCAGCUGCAAUUAUGAACCAAGGACUUACCUUUGACUAACUUUUUAUAGCUGCCAUUAUUUUGCAAAUAUAUAAAUGGAAAUAAUAAAUUUUAAGUAAAGUCUAACAUAAUGAAUAACAAGACAGAUAUAAAUAUUGUCAUGUGAUAAUGAUAAA